AUGUAUCUGCCAUCUUGUCAUUUUGUUUUGAAACUGAUAUUGAUUGUGGGUGUUGAACUUUCAGUCCCCAGACUGCACUUGAAGCCCGUUAAUCUGCUGUCGAAACCUCUUGAUGGACUUAGCUCUGCAACUGGCCUCACUUCAGUGCGGAAUAUUGGGUUGAUACCAAGGGCAGUAUCUGACAUCGAUGAUCCUAGUCCGGCCAGUGUGGAGCCAUCAAGUGGGAGUGAGGACGAAGAGAGUUUGUCAAUUGAUAAACUCCCUUUGGAGUCUAAGCUGCAGCUGAAGCUCGAGCAGAAGAUGAAAAUGAAACUGGCCAAGAAGAUCCGUCUGAGGAGAAAGAGGCUCGUGAGGAAGCGGAGGCUGAGGAAGAAAGGACGAUGGCCCCCAUCCAAAAUGAACAAGUUGAAGAAUGUCUGA